AUGCCUCUUCACUGAUCCGCAGGCUGUCAGGGUCAACAUGCUUUGUGUUGUAAUGUAUUGCUCUACGAUGUAUCAUAUAUAGCGUGUCUGCUAGCGGAAUGACACCGAGUCGCAGGUCCCUUUCUCACCAUGUCCAACCAACCAUUCUCCUUCCCUCCUCCGCCUCCGCCUCCGCCGAAGCGAACCACAGACAAUUCCUACGCGCAGAAUAACGGCUUCCCCAAUAAUCGAGGCUCUUUCAGAGGCGGUGGCGGCUUUCAGAGGGGUGCCGGAAGAGGUGCCCGGGGGUCGCAAAGAGGCUCUCAUCAUGCCCCCUAUACGGGUCACAACAACUAUGCAAACAGGCCUCAUGGAGACAGUUGGAAUCGCGAUAGCGGACUGAACCCUCCGCAGAAACGAGACCAUACCAGCGCUUUCAACAACACCCAACCAGCCAGGCCGCGACCGACAGCCGCUCCUGCAGUCCCCAGCUUCAACGCCUCGAUAGAACAUCUCCUUCCGCGCAAGCCAGCGCCUCAGCCAGCAGUGCAAACCGUAGAAAAGCCCAAGAAGCAGAACUUGCUUGGCUUGACACCCACGAAAGCCGAUCCCGACUCCGAACCAGAGGAUGACGAGGGCGAAGAGACGCGCCUUGCCACUCAAGCAAAAAGUGCCAGGCACGGCCUAGAGAUCGAAUAUAAGGGCCAUGUCUCAACGCUGCGGACCGUAGCAGAAAUAGCAGCCUGGAUUGCCGAGCGUAAAGCACGAUACCCCACAGCGGUAAAGGUCGAGGCGGCAAAGAAAGAGGCGGCCGAGAAGAGAAGGAAAUGGGAGGAAGAAAAAGCGGCCAGGUUUGAGGCCAAUCGGCAGGCUCGGAUCAAGAGAGAUGAGGAACGGAAGCAGCAGCAGAUCGAAAGAGCGCAGAAAGAAGCAGAAGCACGGAAGGUGGAACGUUUGGCAAAGAACAAAGACACCGAAUUCGACUCCGCGACAGUGGCGGAGAUGAAGGCUGAGAAGCUCAGAAAAAAGGCACUCAAAGCCGAACAACGACUGGCAAAAGCAGAGGAGGCGCUGCGUAUGGCUCAGGAAAAGCGAAAUGCUCUGGCUGCCAGUCAAAACAAAGACCAGCCUCCAGAAGCUGCAGCUGCCGAUCACGAGCAGCCUCUGCAGCUUGAUGAGGUCGACGAUUCAUCUGCUUCAGACAUAAUAGAUCCUGAUGCGACUUCCUCCUCCGGCUCCCCUACCACAGAUUCCGGCUCAGACACUUCUGAGUCCGAGUCCGACUCAGAUUCUGCUCCAGAGGUCAUGAGCACAAAGCAGGCCGCCCUUGUUCACGACCUUGCUCCACAGCCUCCGAAAGCUGCACGAGUCAACACUCCUCGUCUGUGCAAUACUUUUGCAAAAACUGGUCGCUGCAAGUUCGGAUCAAGAUGUCGGUAUACCCACGACUCCUCGAGAGGGAAGACGCCGAGGAAUAUCGCUUCGUCUUCGCAACCCGCCAAUACAAAGAGGAAAGGGCUGUGGGAGGUGAUGGUAGAGAAAGAGCAGGAAGAGGAGUGCAAAAGACUGCUGGGGACCAUUACCACACUUGGUGAGCGAGGUAUUCUUGAUGAUCCUGAUCCCACAUGAAUACUUGUGAACAGAGAAACUCAAAUCUCGCUUUGGUGUGGCUGCCAAAACACACGAUCACCGGAAAGGUCUAUGCUCGCGGCCUAUGACUGCUGAUGUGCAGAUGGUGAGAGAUGUGCGUAACGUAUUUUGGUCUAGCGGGAAAGGGAAAGAGGGAGAGAGAUAUGGAAGGCUACAGGAGAAGGAAAUGGAACUGCCAAGUCGUGAAGCGCAGGUGCUUCUUCCGUCACAGUAGAAGUCGCAACAUUCAGCUUUGUUCCAGCACCUCAUACCGAGCGGAAUAAUGGUGGCAUAAUAUUGCUGAAUAGUACAGCAAUCUAUCGCCUUUAUCAUUGGUGCUAUGCAUGUAGACCGCCAGGAAUGUGACGUUAGUAGUCUCAGGUUCCUAUCAUAUCAACGAGGCACACUUGCGAACAAUGGGA